AUGACCGACCACCCUCCAAACUCUGACCGUACCGACCAGGGCGACAACAGCCCGGCUCCUGCAUCUCCGCAACACGACAAGGAACCUACAGAGAUCGCGCCAGCAGCAGAGAAAGACAGGGCACAGGAUCAAGAAAAAAAAAGUGAUGUGGAAGAUAAUACACAAGUGCAGGGGAAGCAAUCACAAGAAGCAGAAAAGGAAGAGGAGGCUGAGGAAGGAGAAACAAAAGAAGAAGAGGCUUCAGCACCCCCAUUGCCAGACGAAGGCCCCCCUCCUCUCCCCAACGAGGCACCUCCAGGGGAUGAUGAUGGCUGGGAACCCGUCUGGGACCCCAAUGCACAAGCCUUCUACUUCUACAACCGCUUCACAGGCCUUUCGCAAUGGGAGAAUCCUCGCGUCCCCGAGGCCGCCGCGUCUGCACCGGGUACCGCUGCCAACCAAGAGCAAGAGCAAGAGCAGCCCAAACAACCCGUGGUAGGCGGCUACAACCCCGCUAUCCACGGCGACUAUGACCCGACCGCCCCGUACGCGCAGCAGUACGAACAGGAACGGAACGCAGAAGUUUCCGCGACUGCGGGUGGCGUUCCCGGGAUGGCGCCGGGAUAUCCUUACGAGGCGACGGGGCAUUUCAACCGGUUCACGGGCCGGUGGCAGGCAGACUCGCUGCGGCCGGAAAAUUACAAUGACGAGAAUAAGUCGCGUCGGCAGAUGAACGCGUUCUUUGACGUUGAUGCGGCGGCGAAUAGUCACGAUGGGAGAAGUCUCCGGGCGGAGCGGAGUGCUAAGAAGCUGAGCAAGAAGGAGCUCAAGGCGUUUAAGGAUAAAAGAAGGGAAAAGAAGGAAGAGAAGCGGCGGGCUUGGUUGCGGGAUUAA